AUGCUGGAAGGUGAAGUUGAGGACUGGUGGGAUAACAGUCGUCAGAGAAUGGAAGCGGCAGGUACUGCUAUUACUUGGGUAGUGUUUUGGGCUGAAUUCCUGGAGAAGAACUUUCCGGAAGAUGCUCGUAGCAAGAGGGAAAUUGAGUUUCUAGAAUUGAAGCAGGGGAAUAUGACUGUUGAUGAAUAUGCUGCCCGAUUCGAGGAAUUGGUGAAGUAUUGUUCUCAUUAUAAUACUAAUGAGGCUAUGAAUUCCAAGUGCGUUAAGUUUGAGAACGGGCUGCGUCCCGAGAUCAAGCAGGGUAUUGCUUGUCAGAAGAUAAUGAACUAUCCAGAGCUAGUGAGCAGAAGCAGAAUCUAUGACAAUGAUAAUCGAGCCAGGAUUGCACAUUACAAAGCUGUGAAUGAUCGGAAAGGUAAUCAGAAUCGUGGAAAGUCGUAUAGCGUUCCUGAUGCUAAAGGAAAACAAAAAGCUGCUUUUGGGAAGAAGCCAAGUGGGAGAGGAGGAUUUGCUUCCAACCCCAUUGUUUGCUCCAAGUGUUGUACUGAGGGACACCGUGGUAAUGAGUGUCCAAAGGAUGUUAAGAAAUGCUUCAAAUGUGGGAAAGCAGGUCAUGUGUUAGUAGAUUGUAGAACUAAGGUGCCUACAUGCUACAACUGUGGCGAAGAAGGUCAUAUCAGCACUCACUGUCAGAAGCCAAAGAAGACUCAGGGUAAUGGCAAGGUGUUUGCAUUAGUAGGAGCCCAGCCUACCAAUGAGGACCGAAUAGUCAAAGGUACUUGUUUCAUCUAUAACACUCCUUUGAUUGCCAUUAUUGAUACGGGUGCAACCCACUCGUUUAUUUCUGUGGACUGUGUGAAAAGAUUAGGACUUGUGCCGUCUACUUUAGAUCGGAGGAUGACUAUUGAAACUCCAUCUAUUGGUUCUGUGGUUACUUCUUUAGCGUGCUUGAAUUGUCCUUUGACUAUCUUUGAUAGAGAUUUUGGAGUGGACUUGAUUUGUUUGCCAAUCAGUAAUCUGGACGUUAUUUUGGGAAUGAACUGGCUAGAGUUCAACCGUGUGUAUAUUGACUGCUUUAGGAAGAGGUUGUUGUUCCUUACUCCUGAAGAGGAAGCAUUGGCAGAUUCGUUAUCUACCAAGGAGAUGAGAAUAUUGUUGAGGGGUGAAGCUAAGGUGUUUGCUUCACUGUCUGUUGAGAGCAAAACGUCAAUUGAAGCGAUACCGGUGGUGAAAGAAUUUCUGGAAUUAUUUUCUGACGACAUUACAGAGUUACCUCCAGAGAGGGAGAUUGAAUUUUCUAUUGAUCUAGUUCUUGGUACUAGGCCUAUUUCUAUGGCGCCGUACAGGAUGUCUGCAUCAGAAUUGUCAGAGUUGAAGGCUCAAAUUGGUGAUUUGCUGGAUAAGAAAUUUAUUUGGCCGAGUGUAUCGCCGUGGGGAGCUCCAAUCAGAGUGAAAGAUGAAGAUAUUCAAAAGACUGCCUUUAGGACUCGAUACGGACAUUACGAAUAUGCAGUGAUGCCUUUCGGAGUGUCUAAUGCGCCUGGUGUGUUUAUGGAGUAUAUGAAUCGCAUCUUUCAUUCAUAUUUGGAUAAGUUCAUAGUGGUGUUCAUUGAUGAUAUACUGAUUUAUUCUAAGUCUGAAGAGGAUCAUGCAGAACACUUGAGGAUUGCGUUGCAAGUAUUGAAGGAUAACAAAUUAUCCGCAAAGCUCUCAAAGUAUGAAUUUUGGCUGGGAACCGUGAGUUUCUUAGAACAUGUUAUUUCAGGUGAUGGGAUAACAGUUGACCCAUCUAAAAUAAGUGCAGUACUUCAGUGGGAACCUCCGAAGACAGUAACAGAAAUUAGAAGCUUCUUGGGUCUGGCAGGAUAUUAUCGCAGAUUUAUUGAAGGAUUUUCUAAUUUGGCAUUGCCAUUAACUAAAUUGACUAGAAAGGGUCAAGCUUUUGUGUGGGAUGCGGCGUGUGAAGAAAGUUUCGAAGAGUUGAAGAAGAAGCUGACAACAGCGCCGGUGUUAAUUCUACCUAAUCCAAGUGAACCGUUUGUAGUGUACUGUGAUGCAUCUAAAAUGGGAUUAGGCGGAGUGUUAAUGCAAGGUGGAAAGGCUAAUGUCGUGGCAGAUGCGCUGAGUCGGAAGACAAUUCAUAUGUCGUCAUUAAUGGUGAAAGAGAUGGAACUAAUUGAACAAUUUAGAGAUUUAAGUAUGGUUUGUGAGACGACACCUGAGAGUGUUAAGUUGGGUAUGCUGAAGAUAAAUAAUGACUUUUUGGAUAUAAUUAAGGAGAAUCAGAGGCUUGAUGUGAAAUUAGUGGACAUGAUACCUACCAGAGAAGACAAUCUGGAUAAUGACUUUAAAAUGGAUAAUGUUGGCGUGUUGAGAUUCCGGGGCAGAAUUUGCGUACCGGAUAAUGACGAAUUGAGGAAAGCAAUUUUAGAGGAAAGUCACUGGAGUAAAUUGAGUAUACAUCCGGGAGCUACAAAAAUGUAUCAAGAUCUUAAGAAGUUGUUUUGGUGGUCUGGUAUGAAGAGAAACAUAGCCCAGUUUGUUUAUGCUUGCUUGACAUGUCAGAAGUCAAAAGUAGAACAUCAGAAACCUUCGGGACUGAUGCAACCGUUGGAAAUUCCGGAGUGGAAGUGGGACAGCAUUACUAUCGAUUUUGUUACAGGUGUGCCACAUACAGCGCGAGGAUUUGAUGCUAUUUGGGUAGUGGUGGAUCGACUUACUAAGUCCGCACAUUUUAUACCAAUUAAUAUCAGUUUUCCGUUGGUGAAGUUGGCAGAGAUUUAUAUCAAAAUAAUCGUGAAGUUGCAUGGAGUUCCGUUGAGCAUAGUGUCGGAUAGAGAUCCGAGGUUUACUUCAGAAUUUUGGAAGAGCUUACAAGAAGCUUUAGGAUCUAAACUGAAAUUGAGUUUGGCUUAUCAUCCGCAGACGGACGGUCAGUCAGAGAGGACUAUUCAGUCGUUGGAAGACUUGUUGAGGACUUGUGUGUUGGAGAAAGGUGGUGCGUGGGAUACUCAUUUGCCAUUGAUUGAGUUCACGUAUAAUAAUAGUUACCAUUCGAGUGAGAGUAUUGUGCUUGACCCAAAAAUUAUGCAACAAACUACCGAGACAAUCGAGAUGAUUCGGGAGAAGAUGAAAGCAUCUCAGAGUAGACAAAAGAGUUAUCAUGAUAAUCGAAGGAAGGAUCUAGAAUUCAGCAAAGGCGGCCAUGUGUUUUUGAAAGUUAACCCUGUGACAGGUGUUGGUCGUGCCUUGAAGUCUAAAAAGUUGGGUCCUAAGUUUAUUGGACCGUAUCAAAUCUUGCAGAGAUAUGUGUCGGACCCAUCUCAUGUCAUUCAACGGGAUGAAGUUCAGAUCCGUGAUAACCUCACUGUUGAAGUGAUGCCGAUUAGGAUCGAAGACCGGAAGAUUAAACAACUUAGAGGAAAAGAUAUUCCGUUGGUAAGAGUAGUUUCGGGAGGAGCUGCUGGAGGAAGUGCGACCUGGGAGUUGGAAAGCAGAAUGCGGGAAUCGUAUCCGAAAUUGUUUCCAUCAGGUAUGCCAGCAGAUACAGAUGCUUGGACAGAUGCAUUGGAUAGAGGUAUCAUUGAGCAGGACGGUUCAGAGGCAGUUGCCAUUGUGGAAAGGAUGGUCAGUGACGCGGCUGGUGCGACGACGUAUAGGCGGAUGACACAUGAUAUCAAUUGA